AUGGCAGAGCCAAACCUUUCUCCCGCUUGUUUUACAGAGUACAAUGAGCAAACCCAAAGCAGCCUAUUCUCGCUCCUACCUCCAGAGAUUCGCUAUGAGAUUUUCGCUUACGCUUUGACAAGUGCCCCGGACACCAGGCAACGACCUGAGCGAGAUGGAUACUGCACCAGACCAGGCUAUGAGACCCCCCAUCGAACCUACACAGAACUGCUCCAAACCUGCAGAAAAGUCUACAUGGAGGCAUGGUUUAUGCCCUUCAUCUGUUCAGAGCAUGCAUUCUGGAUGGCCUCGUCGGAACGUGUUCCGGAGCGAAUUAUCACGGUUGAGAAGAUGCAGCAAUGUCUAGAUCUAAUUCAUGAUCGACAUGGCGAAGUGCAGGGCGGCCAUAUUCGAGUGUUUCCUCAGCUAUGGUGCCUCGAGGGGACCAAAGACUUCAAUGGUAUAUUCGCCAUGCGUCAUUUUUAUCCCAAGUCUGUCACCAUCACUAUCCGAUACACCGACACCUGGUACUGGGAAUCAAAUGAUGAGUUGCACAUUGAAGGAGAGUGGGGCAGAUGGCUGGUGCUGCCCUCUAGCGUCACCAGGUUCUGCAUCGAUAUUGAAAGCAUCGAGCGACGAAAAGACGAAGUAGACUAUAUUGCGGGCGAAAUGGCCGAUCGAUGGCGAUUCCAGCGCGCCGAUGGCACCAACAUGGUCGCAGCCAGGGCCGAUACCUCCGUAUCCAGAUGGACGGGAAGUUCCAUGCUUGGCGGAGAGCGCUGGGUGCGUGAUGAGGAGGCGCCUGGUCAGCUUCGGUAUUAUUUUGCGACUAUAACGUGGCGACCUUCGCAAGAGCCCUUGGAUGACCAGGGUUUGAAUCCUCCUCUCGAAGUCGAUUGGAUCCGCCCAUCAAUUCCGGAUUUGGGCUGUAAUUAUAUCGAAGAAGCGGAUUUGGACAGGCUCGGAAUAUCCAUGACAGUUCCUGCUGAACAAGCGGUUGCUGAAUAUAUCGCUGACAGGGAUCGCAGGCGUGAUGUGGUAGAGCAAACCGUUCGCCAGGUUUUACCUUUUGUCCAGGGAUAUGAAGCGCUUGCACUGCGUACACCUACAGCUAGACCUAGACCGUCUGACUAUGACCUAGAUGAAGAGGUUCAGGUUCUAAUUUGGCAUAAUUGGGUUUGA